CUUCCGGAGCAGGUGGAGGCUGCAGCCCGCGCGGGAAGGUGACACCGGCUUGCCAUGGGCCUGCACUUCGGGAACUUGGCGCGGGUUCGCCAUGUCAUCACCUACAGCCUGUCCCCUUUCGAGCAGCGCGCCUUCCCCAACGUAUUCUCGCACGGGGUCCCCAACGUCUGGCGGCGCUUCCGCUCCCAGGUCUUCAAGGUUGUUCCCCCUUUUGUGGCAGCCUACCUCAUUUACUCCUGGGGCACACAAGAGUUUGAGAGACUGAAGAGGAAGAACCCUGCUGACUAUGAAAAUGACCAGUAAUCGAGUUAAUGAAGAGCUCGUUACCUCACCGUGUUAUCAACCUUGUGUUGCUAAGCUUGUUCACAUGACUAGAAGGGUAUUAAGAGAAAGAUAGGUCUUGUCAAAUAAACUUUAACCUUGCCCCAUG